UAUGGGUGGAGUUUGGGAAAGGGGAAAGGGAGGGAAGGGGCCGAAGAGAAAAAAAAGAGUGAUGUGUAGGCUAUGAAUUCGAUGCUGGGUGGAUCUAACGUUACAGCUUUUCAGAAUUGCAAAUAACUAUCGUGCGUAAAAGCUACUUCACAGUUAGUCACAAUGUUGGUCCUGGCUGGAAUCGUUGUUCUUCACAUUACCGCCAUCAUCCUGCUUCUGGUUGCAACCAUUGAUAAUGCCUGGUGGCUCACAGACUCAGUGGCCACAGAUGUGUGGGGCCGGUGGGAACUGGCAGGCUCAGCUUGGCACUACACCAACCUCAAAGGAGACUAUGCUGAAGAAUACCUCCAGGUAGUGCAGGCCGGAGCAGUGCUGGCUUGCAUCUUCUCCAUUCUGGGCCUGUUUGUGUUCGUGGCUCAACUCUUCACCUUGUCCAAGGGUCAGAGGUUCACCUUCUCUGGAGCCUUGAUGCUCAUCUCCUGUCUGUGUGUAAUGAUUGCUGCGUCCAUCUACACGGACAUCUUCCACAAGCAGGACCAGGGCUGGUUCGGACACUCUUUCAUCCUGGCAUGGAUCUCCUUCGUUCUCACCUUCAUACUGGGCAUCAUCUACGUGGUCCUGCGCAAGAAGAGCGAGUAGAGGAACAAGGGAUGAAGGGGAGGAGAGGAGGAUUGUAAGGAAGGAUAGUUUUUAUUACGUUUUUGCAUUGUGUUGGAAAGGGAUGGAGGGAGGGUAGGGGUCUUAUUUAGUUUAUUAACAGUCCCAGUAUUUCGAUUUUUCUUGUGAGGAGGAAGGUGGUACAGAAGGGGGGAGAGCGGACCCCAAAGAAUUGUAUGCACAAUCAAUUUCUAUGCAGACUACUGCAUGCCUGUUCAAAUGGGAGAUUUUUAAUGUGUAAUUGAUAUAGUACUGUAUAUUUCAAGGUAUGCUACAUAGCUGUUGCAGUACUUGAACAAUCAGCAAACAAGCUUCAUUUCCAGUACAUGUUUUAAAAGGAAAUUGAAUUUUUAUUUUUUAUAACUGAAGUAUUUUAUAACCAAUUGUAAUUGUUUUUUAAAAUCUAAAUACAUUGUAACCGUUUGUUGUGUAAUUGUCGUAACGUGUAUUCUAAGUGCAUUUUAAUCGUGUGUGAUUCUGAGUUUUGGUUGGCUUCUAUAUCAAAGUACAUUUUAAUCAUGUGUGUGAUUCUGAGUUUUGGUUGGCUGCUAUAUCAAAGUACAUUUUAAUCAUGUGUGUGAUUCUGAGUUUUGGUUGGCUGCUAUAUCAAAGUACAUUUUAAUUUGUACAAGUGAAAAAGGUCAACCAGGAACAGAGGUCAAUGCGGUGUAUGUAAUAUCACCAUUUAUUAUAAUGCAGUAGAGGGAUUCUGUUUUGUAAUUACAUUGGAAUUUAAGCCAUGUUUGUUCAGACUAUACAAUUUAUUAACAAAAAUAAAAACGCUAGAAAAAAAA